AUGGGUAUCAAAAGUCUAUUUUCUGAUAGAAUUAGAAGAAUUUGGAAUGUAUGGGAAGUUCGAGCAUUGCUUCAACUUAGCCUUUUGAUACAAAUCAUCCUUGUCAUUUUUGGCACAAGGCGAAAACGUGAUCCAAGGAUUCUGAUCAAAUUUGUUAUUUGGUCAGCAUACUUGUCUGCAGAUUGGGUGGCAACGGUUGCCCUCGGCAACCUUGCAAACAUCCAAGAAGGCAAAAACAGUAAUUUCAUCAAAACAAAUAAAAUACUCCAAUUUUGGGCGCCGUUUCUUCUCAUACACCUGGGCGGUCCAGAUACUAUCACGGCUUACUCUUUAGAAGACAAUGAGUUGUGGUCAAGGCAUUUUCUCAGUCUUGUUGUUCAAGUCGGAAUUGCAGUGUAUGUCGCCAUCCGGGCUUGGAGCUUUACCCCCCUUACAUUUUUAUCCAUUCCGGUAUUCUUGACUGGAAUUGUCAAGUAUGGAGAAAGGACUUAUGUGCUUAGGUCUGCAAGCUCCCAGCAAUUUAAAAAGGCCUUGCUUUCUGCUAAUCCUAUUGCAGAAUAUGCUUUGAUGAGAAUGGAAACAGAAGGUUUCGAAAGAAAAAUUCAGAUGAAGAAAGCCUGGAAGUUCCAAGCUGGACAUUCAGAUAGAAAAGAAUUUCAGCUUUAUCUGGACGCUUAUUUUUUGUUCAAUAGAUUGCAGUAUCUCUUCUCAAACCUCCUUCUUAGCCUCAGUGAACGGACGGAUUGCUACGACAUCAUUCAUAGCAAAUCAGCUAAAGAUGCCUUUGCAUUGGUGGCAAUUGAGCUCGGAUUUAUGUACGAUGUACUUUUCACCAAGGCCACCUUGGUUUAUUCUCUAUGGGGAAUUCUUCUCCGGAGCAUCAGUUUCCUUUCCUCUGUUGCUGCACUAACCCUCUUCAAGAUUUUUAUUGAUCCGCAUCAAAAGGAUGUCUCCUUCACUUACAGUCUUCUAGCGGGGGCUGUUUUUCUGGAUCUCUCCUCCUCUGUUAAACUUGUUUUCUCUGAUUGGACAAAACUCCGGUUGAUCCAGAAGCAAAAUCCUCUAAUCAACAGAAUUCUUGAUGCCAUCUUUUAUAUCGAGGGGCGAUUGAUCAAUCGAAAGAUAUGGUCCACGGGGCAGGAGUCAGUUUCGAACUAUCGAAAGAGGUGGUCUGAAUCCAUGGCACAGUACAACUUAAUAAGUUAUUGCCUUAGAGAGAUGCAAACAAAAGGUCAGUUUUCUGACAUUGAGAAAUUGCCUUACAUCAGACAAUAUUUUCAAGAGUACCACCAUUUGACUUGGGAAGAUGUAAAUGAUGAUUUGAAAGAAGCAAUUUUCAAGCAGCUCAAAGAAAAAGCUGAAAAAAUGGAAGACAGUUAUACUAUAAAUUUAUGCAAAGAAUUGUUGGCUCAGAGAGGUGAUUAUGUGCUUGAAGAAAAGUAUGAACUUGAAGAGCUCAAGUGGAGCACAGUUGACUUAGAUUUUGAUCACAGUCUUCUGAUUUGGCAUAUUGCUACAACUGUUUGUUAUGAAGAUGACUUUGCUGAGAAAGCUGCAGAAGAUGCUGAGGGAAGUGGAAGUGGAGAAGCUAAGAAACCCGGAGAUACUACAGAAUCUAAAGAUGCUAAGGAAGGUCACCAAAAGGGCAACAUUAGCAAAUUCUUAUCAAAUUACAUGAUGUAUCUUCUAGUCUUAUGCCCAUUUAUGAUACCAGAGGGCGUAGGUGAGAUACGGUUCAGAGAUACAUGUGCCGAUGUGAUGCAACUUUUCAACAAAGAACGUUGCUCUAUGGUAGAGAUUAGCAGAAAGUUGCUUGAAAUGGUGUAUAGAAGGUCAAUCAGUCAAUCGGUGCUAUCUGAUGGAUGCAAGCUCGCCAAAAAGUUGCGAUGGUUAGAAUCUGAUCAAAAGGGCUGGAACCGUGAAGAAAAAUGGAAGAUGAUAAGUGAAGUGUGGAUUGAAAUGUUAACAUAUGCAGCAAAUAAUUGUGGAUGGAAAGACCACGCUCAACAGCUUUGUAAAGGUGGAGAGUUGGUGACCCAUGUUCGGCUUCUCAUGGCUCAUUUGGGUUUAAGUGAACAAUACAACGAAAGGGAGCGAUUUAUGGUAUGA